ACCCGACUUCAGAUCAUCGGUACGAUGUCGUUUUCGUCAUUUCCACUACGAUAAUCAUAAAUACCAAAACAUUCCCAGGAAGAUUCAUUCACUCAUACAUAGCCUUAAUUUCCAAGUUCCAAUUAAUCCUUUGAGAUUUUUUGCAGUUGUCUUAAGCAAAACUUUGCUUAAUUCACUUCAUGAGUGGACCCGUUUCAACUCCUAAUCUCUUUUAAAUAGCCGCCAACCACGACUCGUCAAUUAAACGGAGUCAAAUUAAGUGCUCUCUCUGUGUUUUUCUCUCGAGCCAAAUGGCGGUUUCUGACGCGGUGGUGGGGAACUUGACGACGAUAUACGUGGCGGUCAUCGCCGGAAUCAAGGCCUACGGCGUGGUCUCUGGUCGGAGCUUCGGCGGAUUCUUUGUGUUGCUUGCUUCCACCGUCGUGGUUUGCCUUAUCCUGGUCCUGACGCUGACGUGGGACGUGUCGCGCAAAGCCACGUAUGCUGUCACUUCCCGCGAUGAUGCCGAAGUCCACGAGAGUUGCAAGGGUGGGAUUUGCUGGCAUGGCGUCGCCGUCCGGUCGUCGGCUUCUCGGGUCCGGUUUAGGCUUCCCGAACAGCUUGUUAGUUAUGGCUCUUCGUGAAGAAAUGGCUUUGUGUUUUGUGGUGUUGAACAAUGUAAAAUAUGUGGUUUGAGUCUUCGUUUUCGUUUGGUCAGAGUGGAGUAGACUCGAUCGAGCUGAGCUUUGGCUACGAGAUGCAUACACAUGGAGGUAGACAGGGGUUUGCUCUGUUGGUAUUGUUUAAUUAGUUUUGAAUUAUAUAAGAUUAGGGAGUUUGUUUGAUAUUUUGUUUUGUUAGGAAGGAACAGAAACGAAUUGUACAUAAAUAAUCCAAGAGAAUAUUCGUGUUUGUAAAUAAAACGUCGGUUUGCAUUUUCUGGAAUUAUGGGGGAGUGGAGGAGCAUGCAUAUGACAGGAUCCAUGGCGUUUAAUCCAAUUCUAGCCAAACAAGGCCACCGCCGUGGUUAGACCGGAAUCGGGUUUCUCCUUUGUUACAAUCUAGGGGAGAAGAAGGGUACAAAUUGUGAGCUCUAUUAUAAAACGACGUCGAAUGGAGCAUAGAUAUGAACAAGCAUGUUUUGACAAACCUAAAGAACUAAAGAAGAAUAUCA